UUCCCGGACCCAGGGAGCUGCGAACUUUCCUUCCCCGGAUCAUGGAUAAAAGGGGUUCCUCCGUCUCCGGGAGCCACAGAUCUCGCCCAGCCAGCUCUCCAGCCAGCUCUCGCGCUCCAGGCACCGCCAACCAGACCCACCGAGCUGAGCACCAUGACCCGCACCGCGACCCCCACUGUCCCCCGUGUCCCCGGACUCCUCUGGGCUGCGCUGCUGCUCCUGCUCCUGGUCACCUCCUGCCGCCACGCUGCAGGGGCGCCUGUGGCCAAUGAACUUCGCUGCCAGUGUUUGCAGACCUUGCAGGGAAUUCACCCCAAGCACAUCCAGAGUGUGAAGGUGACAGCCCCAGGAGCCUCCUGCGACCAAACCGAAGUCGUAGCCACGCUCAAGAACGGACAGGAUGUUUGUCUCAACCCUGAAGCCCCUUUCGUUAAGAAAAUGAUCGAAAAGAUGCUGAACAAGGGCAGCACCAACUGAUCAAGAGAGAAGAAGGAAGCUUAUGGGUUACUGUCACCUCCUCGGUGGGAUCGGAGUGAAUGAAGAGAAGCAAAGGGUCCCCGGGGCCACCUGGACUGUGUUUAAUGUGCGCGAUGAUUUCUUAUGAGAGCACUUCUAUUUAUUUACCUACAUGUGUGUCUAUUUAUUUAUUUAUUUUUCAGAGCUUGUAUAGCAGUUAAUGUUCUACCUACUAUUUAAAGAUUUGAGAGGGUUGGUAAUUUGUUGUUCUGUUAUUUUUAAGUGGUUAUUUUUAUGUUAAAUCAGAGUUAGUUUAGCCCUGUUAUAUAACUGAAGAUGAUGCAUUUUAAAUGUUCUUCAUGCAACUUAUAUUUUUGGUUGGGACAGGGGUGGGAGAAGACGCUUUACCAUCUCCUGUAGUAAAGGCUGGGGAUAAAUAAGGGGGAUUCUAGCCAAUAGGUCACUGUUUAUUUAGUCAGGGAAAUGUCAUGUGUACAUCUAUUUUUGUAUUGUUGAGAAGAAUGGCAAUUGUUAUUUAUUGAAACAGUUUCACAGUAUGUGAUCAACAUUUCUCAGGUUGAAGAGAACUAAUGUUCUAAAUAUCCCUUAGACAUUUUGUGUCUUGCUAGUAAGGCAUAAUGCCUUGUUUAGUGUCAGUUAUGCGUUAUUUCUCUAUGUUUGGGAAUAAAGAAGUUAAAUACUUACAGAUGUAUUUUUACAAAUAACAUGAA